CCCUCGAAUUCAUACCAAAGAACCCCGAUAUCCCGCAACGAUUCCGUCCAGAAACCUCGGACCGUACCUAGGAAGAAUUAUCAACCCAGUCUAUUGCUAGAGACGGCGAUGCGGAUCUUCCAUCAGUCGCCAAGCGACGUCGGUCCAACACAAUGGGAGACCGCAAGACUCCUGGCGACUCUAAAAGAUCCGCGCCUUCCCAUUGUAACGGCUCAGAUGGUCCUCUAUUGUGCUCCCAAUUUGGAUCCAAAUCUCAGAAAAUACCUCCCAGAGGACUCUGGAUGGGAACAGAGGUUGUCGAAACUUGAUGCACGAGGUUUCCACCGAGAGGAUGUGAUCGACUGGGCCCAUAUUCUCGUUGCCGAGACACAGGAGGAGAGAGUUCAGAGAUUUAUGUCUGCGCCACGUUACAGGCCGGCUUUUCUACUGAACCAUAUACUCAACGACAAAUACAACCACAACGGGAGACUGAUGUCCCCCGAGUCCCUCGAAUCGUUAACUGAGUACUGCAAGGCAUGGUAUACGAGUUGUGACCAGCUGUGCGACAGAGAGGCUCCGGCUUCUAUCCCUUCUUCCGGGCAGUUCGACCGGAAUUGGCCAGAUGCUGUUGCGCAGAAGAACCUAACACGGCUCUUCGCCCUCUCUCGACGCAUUCACCCGGGCGCCGUUUUAGGCAUUGCAGAUCUUGCCAUCGCGCACAUGGAAGCCGUCUCCGCGGCAUCACGAGGCUCCCACGAAGAUUGCGGCUACGUCUCCAUAUGCUCUACUUUCAACUCGACCCUACAACAGCUCUGCAUUCCACCCGCGCAGAACCCAUACGUCAACCUCAGCUUUAACUGGCAGGCUAUUGUGAGAUUACUCACGUACUCGACGGGGCUGAAGAAGGCACUUGUUACCAAGAAGCAGAGCUAUCAGGCCAUUCGCCAGGUCCUGCUAGCGAUUCGCAAGUCGGAGGCGGAACGAGAGACGGCAACGGCGCUGAAGAUGACAUGGCCACCCUAUCGUGUUCUCAGGAACGGGAUGGAAGAGGCGCUGCCAAUCGAAGAAUAUUACAGCAGGACAGUGAAGGCCGGUUUCAUGAUGCAGGAAUCUGGCUACGCCCAGACACUUCGCGAUAUAGUAACAGACGUCCUGGGAGGGCUCUCACCUGACGGGUCUCCCACGAUUCACACACGAAGCACCUACCGCGCCCUGAGUGCGUCGAUGCAUUCUGUCUGGGCAGCGCAAGUUCGAGCGACGCGGAACGCUCAGGAAGCCUGGCAGGCUUUCCAACACCCGCCGAGUCCUGAGCUGCAUCCAAAUGAGGAGGUGUAUUGGGAGUUGAUGGCCAAAAUAUUGGCAAAGGCCUCCAGCUCUCAUCAUGACAAUCUCCCCGGUGAGGGCAGAGAGACAUUCCCCUUUGAUGACUCGAAUCUCAGUGAAUUCGAGAAAGCCCGGCUCAAGCCACCCAGUAUUGCCACUUUAACCGAUUGGAUGGUCCGCGAGGGUGUCCCUCUCGACCGUCGAUGCUUGGAGUUGCUCCUGCGUCACGCGGAGAAUGCCAAGGAAGCCGUCACAUACAUCCGGCGCAGUUCUUUAAACGACAUAUACCGGCAACGUCUGGAAGAGUUCGUGCAAGGUACUGACAUGUCUCCCGCUCUCGUGAGAGAUAUUCCGCGCACAACACUUCAUGCAGUCGUCGAGUUGUGCUGUCGUCUGCAACCGAAUCGAACCAGGAAUACUCGGAGUUAUGCUGCUGCCGAGCUUGGGAAAAUCCAUAGAGCACUCCAAAUCACUCGCUCAGCCUGGGUGUCGAUUGGAGAUCGAAGCGCCGUGCCUUGGGAAACCAUGAUGAAGAACUUGGCAAGACCGAACAUCAUGAUUAGCAAUCUCCCCCCGCCAGAGAACAGUCUCGAACUGAUCAAGAUGGGCGGGCAAAUUCUGCGAGAAGCAGAAGCACAUUCCGUUUUCCAUGAUUGGCUCCAAGAUAACACAGUGCACCCGACACCCCUUUGGCUCAUCAGGCAAGCCCACGACAGGCUACAGGCAGCCUGGCAGAGCCUUACACCCAUGGAGUCCGGGAAUAUCAACCGUCUUAUCGGCAAGAACAGGACAUUGGGCCCCGGAACUUUGAAGUCAACUUCAAUCAACAACUACAUGCGAACCCUCGCCUUUUUGGGAGAUUUUCAUGCGAUGGCCGAGUUGGCCCAACAAAUUUUAGGCAAUCUCCCCAGGCUGUCGACCUUGAGCGACCCCAACAAAGACGCCAAGUACAUAUCACGGGCCCUAUGUGCAUUCCGGACAUUUGCGGAGCCCAUGCUGCACGAGGACGUCGCAACCAAGCUCCAAUCGGAUCUGCAGCGCCAAGUUGAGAGCGGCACCUGCAACGACGCCUUCCGCAUCCACUGGCCAACCGCCGACGAGGUCGGGCAGUACACAGGGAGCGAUACCCGCGGCCACCUCCGGGAUCUCAAGACCCUGUUGGCGCUCAUGCGGAAACAGUGGGAUGGGAACGGCGGGGGAACGGGAUUCGCGGCGCGGACCCGGGAACAGCAGUCGGCAGUCGAGGCGCACGCGAGGUGCCAGAUAAUCGAUCCGGCGUACCAAGGGAGUGGUUGGAAAAAUAACACCACCACGCCGAAAGAGGGGCAGUGGGUUAAUGAGACGCAUUCUACCUGGAUUGGCACUUGGGCUCUACAGGGCUGGACGGGAUUCGCCAAAUGA